AUGUCGGAUCGCGAGGACGGCGGAGAAGAGACCUUCUACGAGGACGAGGAGCCGGUCUACGAUGGUGAUGACCUCGGAGAGGAGCAGUUUGACGAAGGCGCCGAUGCUGCUGCCAACGGGAUUGUCCACUCAUCAGCGGGCGGAGACCCAUCCACUUCGAUGGCCGGUCAAGCCAACGCCGAACGCAUUACUACCCCCUAUAUGACCAAGUACGAGCGUGCUAGGAUUCUUGGCACACGUGCUCUCCAGAUUUCAAUGAACGCUCCUGUACUCGUUCCUACCGAAGGCGAAACCGACCCAUUGGAAAUUGCCAUGAAGGAGCUGUCCGCCAAAAAGAUUCCGUUGGUCGUCAGGCGAUACCUCCCAGACGGAAGCUACGAGGACUGGACCGUCAGCGAGCUCAUCGUCAGCGAGUAA